AUGAGAUAAAUCUUCGAAACGAAAAAAUCAAAUUCUUUCAUGGAAUAACAAAUCAAGCAUUUCAGAUUAUACAAUCUUCCCUUCCAGCAAUCAAAUAUGAUUUUACACCUUUACUCGAAAUUACUUCUGGCAAAAGUUCGUUAUUGAAAUGUAUUACAACUGAUUCUGAAUUAUUCCCGCUAUCACAGGGCAUAAUAAUGGUUCAAGAUUCCCAGGAAUUAUUUGAUAGUCACGAACUAAUUAGUGAUUUAAAGACGAACAAUAUUUAUUUUGAAAUCUUAAACGAACAACUAUCGAUAGAAUUUGAUUUGCAAAAUUUAAAGCCAACUGAAAAUUUAUUUUUAGAAAUUCAAAAAGCUUUAGAAUCGAAUAUGCCAAUUGAGGAAUUAAAACUUAUAUUUGAAAAUUUUGGGAAUUUUGUUCAUACAAAAUUAAUAUUUGGAAAUAAAUUGCAGCGGAUUGUCUCGAAAGAACAAAGUGGAUGCUUAGAUCGUUCAAUCGAAUUUGAUGACUUUAUUGAAAUAGAGUCUCUCUUAAAAAAAUGGGAAGAAUCGAUUCAACCAUUUGAUUCCUCUUAUAUGAUAGCAAUGGAUCAUCAUCCGGUCAAUCGAAGCCAAAUUUCUGAAUGGCUCGAUAGAGUGUCGAAUCAAGAAUCUGAGUGGUAUAUCGUAAAACGCGUCGUUAUGCCGCUAUACCAAAUUCUCCACGAGAAUCAAAAACGCGAAAUAAAAAAUCUUUUUAUAGAGGAGAAUCUUGUCUUAAUGUCCGGCAUGAAAGAAUUUUUGGAUUAUAGCUCCGGAUAUCAACGAAUUGAAUUCGGCAGUCAAUUGAAAAGUGAUAACUAUCAAUUAUUUGGUAGUGUUUUGUCCAACAAUGGCGAAAGGAUAGAAGAUAUCUAUGUAAAAUUUAGCAUGAAAACCGAAAAUGGAUUUUCAGUGAGCUGGCAUGAUAAAUCAACUUUUGACAGAACACCUUAUGCGCUUCGGUGGAUAUUAAUCGGUUGCCCGAGGAAAAUUGGGUAUUCUGAUCCAAAAACUCGUGAUAUAUCAGUUAAUUUGGGAGUAGAAGAAAUAAAAUUUAAAAAUUUUCCUGAAAUUGUUAACAUUGAUGUGGAAAAAUCACUUAUUUCAAGAAAUAUUGUCUCAUUCGAUAUUGAAUACGUUCCGAUUCCAACUUCCUUAUUUUUCAAAACAAGUAUUGUAGAAUGGCAAGAAGCUGGACCUAUUAAAAAUUCGAUGGUGUAUAUUGGAUCUUAA